AUGUCUUGCCAGUGCAGGGCCUGCCUCGACCAGCUUGCAAGCCCCCAGUGGCUGUGGUUCCACGAGCAACAACACCAUGCCAAUCACAAAAUCAUCGCCUGCCCGCAAUGCGACACCAUCUUACCAACAAAGGCCAAGUACUUCCCUGCCGAUAACAACAAGUCACGGGAACAGCUUCUCAGGUGCCCCUCAUGCAACCGUCAAGAUCAGCUCAAGCUCUUUCUUCGCCGCCAGACCGCCUUUGCCUGCGGCUUCUGUUCAGCCUCUUUCUAUACCUUUUCUCCUUCGUCUCCCAGUUCUUCUUCUCAUGAUUCCGGCGCUGCAACAACCCCCAGCUCCAGCUCCGGCGUCUCCGACUCUAGUAAGUCUCACUCACGCACCGAGCGCCACUACCUCCGCCACCUUGCAGCCGAAUUCGUCCGCAACGAUGAGCUCAUCGAACAAGGCCAGCCGCCGCGCAAAUGGACUCGCGACAGCAUCAUUUACGGCUUGCUCCAGCGUCCAGAAAUCGCCAAGCACUGGAGGGCCUUGACUGUGGGCAGCAAAGCCGGUGGUGGUGGUGCGUGCAAGAUUCCGGCUGGAGUCGAUGCGUUCUUCAGCUGGGACAUGGACACGGACACGGUGCAGGAAUAUGAACUGGGAAGUACAGCUGCAAAGGAUUUUCCUUGUGGACAGUGGAACUUGCAGAGCUGGUUGCAAUACUUUGAUCCAGAGAAGGAUGGCGAUGAGAAGGCCGCAAAGGUGGCAGCUUUAGCGUUUGCGCAGGCUACCAAGUUUUACAGACCUCGGGCUGGGAGGGUUGAGGCAAGCAUCCGGACGAAUGAAGUUGGCUUGGUCGGAAACAAUGAAGAAAAGCAAGAGGGAGGAGAGGAGAAGGAGACCUCAGUUGUUUGCGAGAUAUCCUUCCAUGUUUGUGAGGUGUUCAACCGAGAUAUGGAGGUGUUUGAGCAUAAGCUACUGAACGGUCGAAGAAUUAGGGAUCUGGAAUAG